AUUACCUCCCUUACUUCCCUGAAAGGUGAAGGACAGGACACCGGCAGAAGGUCACUUCUCAUAUUCCAACAAUAAGCAGUCAUGGCAAAAUAUACCAUCGUUUUCGUGAGACACGGAGAAAGUGAAUGGAAUCAAAAGAACUUAUUUUGUGGCUGGCACGAUGCUGAUUUGUCAGAAACCGGCUUAGCUGAAGCUAAAAAUGCUGGAACGAUGUUGAAAGAAAAGGGAUAUACCUUUGACAUAGCCUUCACCAGUUUACUAAAAAGAGCUGUAAAAACUUUGUAUUUUGUACAAGAUGAACUGGACUUACACUGGAUCCCUGUUGUCAGACAUUGGAGGCUGAAUGAGAGACAUUAUGGUGCUUUGCAGGGACUUAAUAAGUCAGAAACUGCUGAAAAAUAUGGAGAGGCACAAGUUAAGAUUUGGAGAAGAUCUUAUGAUACACCACCUCCAGCAUUAGAGAAAUCAGAUAAAAGAUGGUCAGCCAAUGAAGUUAAAUAUGCAAGUAUAGAUGAAAGUGUUGUUCCACCAUGUGAAUGUUUAAAAGACACAGUUAUUAGAGCUUUACCAUUUUGGCAUGAUGCUAUUGUACCAGCAAUGAAGGCAGGAAAGAGAGUUAUAGUGUCAGCCCAUGGUAAUAGUUUGAGAGCAAUAGUGAAGUACUUAGAUAAUAUUCCAGACUCAGAAAUCCCAGAACUCAAUAUCCCAACAGGUAUCCCAUUGGUUUAUGAAUUAGAUGAGAAUCUUAAACCAAUUAAGCAUUAUUAUCUGGCCGAUGAAGCCCAAGUUAAGGCAGCUAUGGAGAAAGUUGCAAACCAAGGAAAAGCGAAAAAAUAGAUCUGAAACAUUUUAAAAUUCAUAGACAAUUAUGUGUUAUUUAUUUUAUUUGAAGAGGUGGAGACAUAAGGGUAUAACAAAAAGUUUUUUUCCAAUUUCAUAAUGCUUGCAUAAUAUAUAUUUUGUAUUACCAUAGUUGUACUCUUCUGUGAAGAAGUGAAUUUUUUUCAAACUUUAAAUAAAAUCCUGUGUUCGGUAGAAAAUCAUAUUUGCAGAAAAGAAUUUAAAAAAAAUCAUCAUUCAGGCUUCAGUUUUUAGUAUGUAUUUCCUUCAAUUUCCCUAAAAUUGGAAUGUUUUAUAAAUUAAAUAUUUUGUCACAGUGCCAUGGUAUCAUUUAAUAUGAGCAAAUUCUUUUUUUAGUUGUUAUUAAUGUGUUUAUGUUAUCUAACUAGUGCUAAUUUUAGACAAAUUCAUUUGUAAGUUGUUACAUUGUAUGAUAUCUAUUAAUAAAAUUGCUUGUUUUACAUUU